AUGCCUGACCACGACAUGGACCUUGAAAAUAACCCCGCCGCGGCCGCGCCCGCCGAUUCUGGAGCUGAAGCCGGAACUGUCCCUGAGCCUAGAGUCACGGUUGCAGCAGAAGUGGCAGCAGCAGCGCUCCCACCACCAGCACCACCAGCACCACCACAAGCAGCGACAGUACCGCCAUCGUCUUCAGGCCCAAAGCCCAACGCCAGCCCCAGUGGCAGUGGAACACAGGCGCCUCCCGUCUUCGCUACCGCGGCCUCGAUUGCCAGACCGAACGCUUCCUCCUCCUCUGCUUCCCAGUCCCAUCCCCAACCCCACGCUCACGCACCCCAACUCGCCGCCCCAGCGCCAACACACGGUCAAGGUCACGAGCUUCCUUUCGUCACACCCUCCUCCUACCUUCGCCCCAAGCCCGCCCCUUCGGCGGCCGCUGCGCGCACAGAAAUGACGGCGAAACCCCUAAGCCCGCUCGAUAAGGAGCAGAUGCAGGGUCUGAGAGCCAUUCGGGAGUUCCUCAAGGUCCGAACCAGUUACGACGUCCUGCCCCUGUCCUUCCGAUUGAUCGUGCUCGACAACGACCUCCUCAUCAAGAAGAGCUUGAAUAUCCUCAUCCAGAACUCAAUUGUUUCUGCCCCGCUAUGGGAUUCGCACUCGUCGACCUUUGCCGGCCUGUUGACGGCGACCGACUUUAUCAAUGUCAUUCAAUACUACUGCCAGUUUCCUGACGAGAUCAGCAAGCUCGACCACUUCCGACUCAGCAGCUUGCGGGAUAUCGAGAAGGCCAUCGGCGUGUCGCCACUAGAGACCGUCUCGGUCAACCCUAUGCGCCCCCUAUACGAGGCAUGCCGCCGCAUGCUGAAGACGAAGGCCCGCCGAAUCCCCCUUGUCGACCUUGACGACGAAACGAGGAGGGAAACUGUUGUUAGUGUCAUAACCCAGUACCGAAUCCUCAAGUUUAUCGCCGUCAACAACGAACACAACACAGUCAUGCUGAAGAAGGCGGUCAGAGAUGUCGGCCUGGGUACCUGGGGCCACCUCGCGACGGCACACAUGAGCACCUCCGUCCUCGACGUCGUGUCCCUCAUGGUCAAGCAUGACAUAUCGUGCGUUCCUCUGGUUGACAAACACAACCGACUACUCAAUGUCUUCGAGGCGGUCGACAUCAUUCCCUGCAUCAAGGGAGGAGCAUACGACGACCUGUCUUCCAGUGUCGGUGAGGCACUCUGCAAGCGACCGGACGAUUUCCCGGGUAUCUACACCUGCGGCCCCGAAGACCGGUUGGACUCCAUUUUCGACACGGUGCGCAAGUCGAGAGUGCAUCGCCUCAUAGUGGUGGACGAUGAGAAUCGAUUGGUAGGCAUCAUCUCCCUAUCCGACAUCCUCAAGUACGUCCUCCUUCACGGAGAGGAGGACGACUUGAGGUAG